UUGUGUGCGCGGUGAUGGAGCACGGUGUAAGCUCCCAACGCAGUGAAAUGGAAACACUGGCCGUGCUGCAGCGUUCAAUCCACAGACUACAUUAGUUCUGCCCCGGAAGUGUUUUGAAAUGAUUGCAAGACAUUAUCAUCAGAAGCAUUUUAACCUAGAUUCGGAUUCUGGAGCUGGUUUCGCUGCAGUGAUCUGACAGAGAGCGGUGUGACAAUAGGGAAAUGGAUUUGGAUUUAAUGAACAUGUGUGUCCUGGCAGGAGGCACGCUUGCCAUACCCAUUCUAGCUUUUGUAGCUUCCUUUCUACUGUGUCCUGCAGCACUCAUUAGAUUUUAUUACUGGUACUGGCGAACAACAUUAGGUAUGCAAGUUAAAAAUGCUGACUGUGGCAACUAUCGAUUCUGCUAUUCCUGCCGUGGGAAACCUGGCAGUAAACCUUCUAUUUUGAUGUUGCAUGGAUUUUCAGCUCAUAAGGACAUGUGGCUAUCUGUGGUGAAGUUUUUACCUAAAACCCUGCAUCUGAUCUGCGUUGAUAUGCCAGGCCAUGAGGGCACAACACGUACUCGUGUGGACGAUUAUUCCAUAGAGGGACAAGUGAACAGGAUUCACCAGUUUGUUGAGUGCAUUGGGUUGAAUAGGAAACCAUUUCAUCUGAUUGGUACAUCGAUGGGUGGUAACGUUGCUGGUGUAUAUGCUGCUCAGCACCCAACAGACAUCUGUGGCCUAACACUCAUCUGUCCUGCAGGUCUGCGGUAUCCCAAUGAAAGCAAAUUUGUGAAAGAACUGAAGUCCUUAGAGGAAACAGGAGAUGUUAGUAGAGUUCCCCUAAUUCCGUCUACCCCCGAGGAGAUGGAAGAGAUGCUGAAGCUUUGUUCUUAUGUCCGCUUCAAAGUACCUCAGCAGAUUCUUCAGGGCCUUGUGGAUGUUCGACUGCCUCACAAUGACUUUUAUCGUGAAUUGUUUCUGGAAAUCGUUGGAGAAAACUCAAGACACACUUUGCAGGAAAACAUGAAAUUCAUCAGAGCUCCAACCCAGGUCAUUUGGGGAAAGCAGGACCAGGUACUGGAUGUUUCAGGAGCUGGAGUCCUUGCUGAUAAUAUUCCUGGCUGUAGAGUGGAUCUCUUGGAAAACUGUGGCCAUUCUGUGGUGAUGGAGCGGCCCCGUAAAAGUGCUAAAAUUAUCCUGGAGUUUUCAGCUUCCCUGCAAAACACAAGAUCAGAAAGCAAUAAGAAGUUAGCCUAACAUUUAUAAAUGAAAACUGUAUUGCUUUGGAUUGCAAAUAAAAUGUGAUGCUGUAAUAAUUCCCCAGGAAGCAAAAUGACUUGAUUGAAUGUUGAUGCCGCAAUUUCAUCUGUUAAGAGCAUUAAUGUUUGGUAGUGCUUUCAAAUCACAUAAACACAAUUUUGAAAGACACAGAGUAUUGCCAGAAACUAUAUGCAUGCGGUAUAUAAAAAGGAACAUAAAUCUCAGAAAAAUGCUGUUCUUUGCCAGAUUUCCCACACUCGUUUGAUCUUCGUUUUGGUAGUCUAUAUUUCACCAUUUGAUGCAAACAGCAAUGCAAUAUUUCCCAUUUUUCAGUUCAAGACCAGUUUCAUAAAAUUCACAAAUCAUUAGCAUAAUUUAUUAAAUAUGUAAUUUAGAAAUUUUUUGAUUGCUUGGUUAUUUAAAUCUGUAGAAGGUGGUUUCAAAGCUUUUGUGGUUAGUAGUAACUUUUUUAACCAUGAUGUUGAAGGGAAGGUACAGUUGCUAUCAAUACUGUUUAAUGGAUAUUUAAUGUCAUUUUGAUAGGAAUUUGCAUUUGAGUGGCUAUUUGUUUGUAACAAUGUAUAAUAAAAUUUCU